GAAAUCGUAAAUUGUAAAUAUCAUGCAUUGUAUCUGCAUUUGAAAUGAUAAAAAAUUUAUCAGUUCUGAGAAUAAAAAUACAGGAUUACAUCUUUGGAGAUUAAAUGGCGCCAAAUAUGAGAAUGACCAAAAGUUUACGUUAGAUCAAGAAGGAACAGCUCAUUUUUUUUAUUGGCUAUUAUUGCCAUGGCAGAGAACAGAAUGGACACUGAACAGAGUCCAGAGGAGGAGGUAUCAAUACAACACAGUAGUCGUUCUGAGUCUGCGUCAACAUAUACAACAGAUACACCAAGUGUAGUACAAGGGGAGGGCUCCGAGUAUGAAUGCCAGUAUUUAGGUUUCACUCCCAAGUCACUUAUUAAUGGAGAAUACAAUGCUGUUAUCACCAGCCUAAAGGAAGGACUGUCCACUAUGGAAGAUUUUAUAAAUGAAGAGUUUGGAUCUGCGAUAUCUAAAGAGAAGACAAAGCAAGCUUUGGAGACAAUACAAUCUGUGCUUGUGGAAAAGCUGGACAAGAGAUUUGAUCAACUAGAGUCUUACCUUCUAAGAAAUGUGUUCAACAUUCCUGAAGAUCUUGUGCUUCCAGAGGACAGGGUGCAGAUGACACAUCCCACUAGUCCCGAGGAAGAUAGCCAGUUAGAGACCGAAAUGGAAGAGCUCCGCAAACACAUCACAGCUGUUUGUUAUGCAAAUGAAUGUGUAAGACAUCAAAUCACAGAAAUAGAAAGCUUAGAGAAACAUGCAGAUAGUACCCUUUUGUACCUUCAGAAGCUGGAGAGUUCUGCAUCAGACACUGGAGUUUUAGGAAUUAAAGAUUCCCUUAGUUUUGUUCUUGACAAAACUAAAGAUUUAAUGAGUGCCGUGAAUGGACUACAAGAUCAAAGAACUAAGAGUAUAGAUUCUCCGACCUGAUGCCAUCAAACUGUAGAGGGUUUCACACAUUUAUAUGUUGAGACUCUAUCACUGAAAUAUCCACUUAAUAUAAAGAUUGCAUGUUGUUUUUUUUUUUAAUUUUAGAUAUCAAUAUUUGUACAUUUAUCUUUUUGCAUGUUACUUUCAUGUGAUACAAUUACAGUAAGUAUUGUAACAUUUAAUGAUUCAACUUCCUUGAUCUAUUAUUUUCUUGUAACACAAGAGCACCUGUAAAAAAAAAAAUGUCUGACAGUCCAAAAUAUGCACUCGGAAAAUUUAAGGUGUAGCUAUAGUAAAAGUUGCUAUCUUUACUAAGAUUAUGUAACUUUAAGACAUUCAGAACAGAUUUAUGAAAAGAUUUAUUUUACACAUCCUGUAAUAUAAUUCUUAUAAUAUUACCAAUAAACAUACCUAUCCAGCAAGACACGCAA